UUAGCGCAUAGCAGGUGACAGUCAUACAUAACCCAAAUGCUUUAUAAAAAAAAUCAAAUCAUAUUCUCCCCCUUCACAGGUGGUAAUAAACCAAACAUAAUAAACAAACAAAAUUAGUGUCUCCUCUCUUUGCCCAAAUCUUAUGCAAUUCGAGAUUUCAAAUGCUCCAAAUUCAUCUGGGUAAGCUUCACUUCGCACAUCUCUCCUUCAACUAUUCACUCUCAAGUCUUACUUGAAAUUGCUUGAACCAAUUUAAGCAAGAGCUCCCAUUGAAGUUUAAAGUUCAAGCUAUUACAGUGCAUCUUUAAUCCUCGAGAAAAGUCAAGAUUUGAUUUUGCUACGCGUUUAGUGUGUUUCACUGAAUUGGGUUUCUUGUGCAUACACCCAAGAAUAUGAUUCAUAUACUUGGGAAAUAGUUGGGUUCAUAUCUCAAAUUCUUGAUGGUUAAGGCUGUAUGUGUGUGUAUAAAUGAUACUUCUUAGUUUUGAUUUGUUGUAUUAGAUAAAAUGCGUUUGAUUCAACUUAGAAUUAAGCAAAGAAGUCUUCUUGUGACCCACUCUUCUGAUGUUCAACCUCCUUUCAACCAGGAAACUAACUCAUCUUCUAGUAGUAAAAUUAGCCCCACAGUUCUUGUUGUUAUAGUAGUACUAGCUGUUUUAUUUUUCAUUUGUGGGGUACUUCACUUGCUUGUGAGAUUUCUCAUGAGAAAAAGAACUUCUUCCCCAAACUCGCAGUCGAGUAGAUAUGAGAUGUCUGGUUCUGAAUCUGUCCAGAGGCAAUUACAGCAGCUCUUUAAUUUACAUGAUUCUGGCUUGGAUCAAGCUUUUAUCGAUGCUCUCCCCGUGUUUCUUUACAAGGAAAUAAAGGGUUUGAAGGAGCCGUUUGAUUGUGCUGUUUGUCUUUGUGAGUUUUCGGAGCUUGAUAAGCUGAGAUUGCUUCCUUUGUGUAGUCAUGCUUUCCAUAUUGACUGUAUUGAUACAUGGUUAUUGUCGAAUUCGACUUGUCCACUUUGUAGAGGAACCCUUUUUACGUCCGGAUUUUCUAUGGAAAACCCAGUUUUUGAUUUUGAUGAUUCGAGGAUAGAUGAAGAUGGGUUUUCAGGCAGUUUUCGUGUUGGUGUUUCUUGUGGUCAAAAGUCAGGUGAUCCUGAUGAGGUUGCUAGUGAAAAGAGGAUGUUUCCUGUUAGACUCGGAAAGUUUAGAAGCACGAAUGUUGAAGCAAAAAUUGAUGAGGUGGCGGAACCAAGUAACAGUAAUUUGGAUGCAAGAAGGUGUUACUCGAUGGGAUCUUUUCAGUAUGUUGUUGACGAUUCCGAGUUGCAAGUUGCCUUCUGCCCCAGCAGCAAAGACAGGCCUGUGAAGGGGGUCACUGUUCACAAUUGGAAUUCUUCAACUGAAGGGGAUUCUGAUGGUAAGAAAAUUAACAAUAGAAGCAAAGGUGAGAGCUUUUCGGUUUCCAAGAUCUGGCUAUGGCCUAGGAAAGAUAAGUUCCCUAAUUCCGCCGAUACACACAUGUACUCUUUGAAUUCUCUUAUCAUGGAAACUACUGUGAAUGAUGCUUUUUCUCCUUGCAUCCUUUAGCUAGACGGAAACAUCAAGCAUGCACUUUUUCUGUAUUCAUAUCGAAGAAUCUUGAUGACAGUUCUGAUUUUUUGAAAUGUCUUGCUUAAUUUCUUUUAUCUGAAAUUUAACUUUCAUGAUUACAACUUCUAUACUAGAAAAUUAUGGUUUACAUAAGUGCAUUAGCUGCUUGCAGAAAGCUCUGGUCAGACAAAAAAGUGAAUUCACAUGUUCUAGUCACAUUCUGUAUCCACUAUACAUGCUGAGUUGCUAUUAUUGGAAGAUCGACAUUAUAUAUUUACCAUACCGCCUUUAUUUUUUAGAGAUAUUGGAUAUGGCGUCACGCUAAGUGUAACUUUUACACUAAAAUAGCGUCAAAAUCCCAUCAUUUGUAAAUUAUGUUAUUAACACUGUAACUUACGCUAA